ACCACAUAUCGCGCUACAUGUAAUCGCACCCUCAGACGUGACAUGAGAGGUUAUGUAGAUCCUGCGUGAUUAAAAUUUUCGCUUAUUUCGCGUAUAUUGAAUAUUUAUGCAUUCUACAAACAAACAGGAAAUUCCAAUAAUAUGACGGUCAGGACGCUUUUACAUUUGGGCGACAUAGCAAACAGAUGUGUUUUCAUAAAUAGACAAUACUGCAAGGCCAAAAUGCAGCAAGUAUUACAGUACAGACAAAUAAGAAGUUUAAAGAAGUCACAGAUAUUCAAAUCAGAGUCUCCUUUUCCUAAAGCUCAUAUCGAAAUUGGAACUGUAUCAUCUGCAAAGUUAUGGAAACAUCUUGGUUUCACCAUUAUGUUUAGCGGUGCCACUAUAGCAGGUGCUGCAAUUUGGGAGUACGAACGUAUCAGAAGCCAGACGUACAGACUAAUCCAUCGUUAUAGACAAUUUCGAAUUAAACGAACAGGAUGGAAGAGUGAGAUGGAAUCAUGGUGGCAGAACUUGACUGAAGGACAGAAGAUGUUUGUCCCUAUAUGUUUUAUAAAUGCAGUUAUAUUCUUAUUGUGGCGAGUGCCGACAUUGCAGAAAACAAUGGUGCGUUAUUUUUGCGCCAAUCCGGCUUCUAGUGCGUCAUGUUGGUCUAUGGUACUUUCCACCUUUUCACAUUACUCCAUAAUCCAUCUGGCUGCGAAUAUGUACGUGCUGCACAGCUUCAGCACAAUAGCUGUGACAGCGUUGGGGAAGGAGCAAUUUUUGGCUCUAUAUUUAUCAAGCGGAGUAAUUUCCAGCUUUGCUAGUCACGUGUAUAAAAAUAUGUUUGGAAUGCCAGGCCUUUCUCUAGGAGCGUCUGGAGCGAUUAUGGGUAUUCUUGGAUUUGUAUGUACACAAUAUCCUGACAUACGACUCUGUAUAGUUUUCCUUCCCAUACUCACGUUUACAGCGGGUAUGGCAAUUAAAGGAAUAAUGGCUUUGGAUGUUGUUGGUUGUAUCUUAGGGUGGAAAUAUUUUGAUCAUGCUGCGCAUUUAGGUGGUGCAUUGUUUGGAAUAUUCUGGCAAGUGUGGGGUAAUGCCAAUAUUUGGCAGAAACGAGAGCCUCUUCUAAGUCUCUGGCAUGAAUUCCGAGAACCUCCAAGAUCAUAAUGAUAUUUCCCUU